GGUGGCAUUUUCGGCCAUACUUUGUGCAAAAUUUCUCCUCAUUUUUGUCGUUUCCCUCAGCAGAUCUCUAUGAAGUGAUUGAGUGCUGUAAGUUAAUCUUCGCUCAAAUUUAAUUUCAAUCUAUGAACGGCGGUGCGAUGGCGAGCUGGAAGAUUAUGGCGUCGCCGUCGGUGGCGCCGCUGUCGCCGUCUCCGACGCCGCAGCGGAUGUCGAUUCCUGGUAGCUAUGGGUUUCCGGUGAUCGGUCCGUUGGUGGAUCGAUUAAACUAUUUCUGGUUCCAAGGGCCGAGCGAUUUCUUCAAAAAUCGAAUCGACAAGUACAAGAGCACGGUGUUCCGCACGAACGUACCGCCGGCGUUUCCGUUCUUCCUGGGCGUGAAUCCCAACGUGGUGGCGGUGCUGGACGUGAAAUCGUUCGCGCAUCUCUUUGAUUUGGAUCUCGUCGAAAAAAAUGUGCUGGUCGGCGAUUUCAAGCCUAGCCUUAGCUUCACCGGCGGAAUGGAAGUCUGCGCCUAUCUCGACACGGCGGACCCCAAACAUUCGCAGCUGAAGGAGUUCGCGAUCGACACUCUCCGACGGAGCGCCGCCACAUGGACGCCGGAGAUACUCUCCUCUCUGACCACCCUAUUCGACGAGGUGGAUGCGCAGCUCAGCGGCGGUGGCGGCAGUGUGAUCACCCUACUCCUCCUGGUCCAACAAUUCCUCUUCACCUACCUGAGCCGGGUCCUCCUGGGCGCCGACCCCGCCGCCGUGCCGGAAAUGAAGAAGUCCGGGCACAUCAUGGUCGACCGUUGGCUGGCCCUCCAGCUGGCCCCGACCAUCCCCAUCCUGGCCCUCCAACCCCUGGUCGAGAUCUUCCUCCACUCCUUCCCCUACCCCUUCUUCCUCGUCCAAUCCGACUACAACAAGCUCGCCAGUUUCAUAAAAUCCCAAGCUAAAGAAGCCCUCCACCACGCCCAGACCUCCUACAACCUCACCGAAUCCGAAGCCAUUAACAACCUCCUCUUCAUGUUCGGCUUCAACGCCUUCGGAGGAUUCACCCUAUUCUUGCCCACCCUAUUGACCUUCCUCGAAAGCCAGAAGGACGUGCACCCGCAACUCCGAAACGAGGUUCGGUCGACCUUAAAAUCGUCGGGAAGCGAGACGUUGAGCUACGAGAUUGUAAGAGAAAUGGAUUUGAUCAAUUCGUUCGUGUACGAGGCCCUCCGGCUGAGCCCGCCGGUGCCGUCGCAGUUCGGGCGGGCGAGGAAGGACUUCGAUCUGACGUCACACGACGCCAUUUACGCGAUCAAGAAAGGGGAAAUGCUGUGUGGAUAUCAGCCGCUGGUGAUGCAAGAUCCUAAGAUAUUUCAAAGUCCGGCGGAUUUUGUGUACGACAGGUUUUCCGACAAGAAGGGAGGGCGGGAGCUGCUCAAGUAUCUGUACUGGUCCAACGGGCCGCAGCAGGCCGGGGAGACUUGUCCCGCCGCCUCCAACAAGCAGUGCCCUGGCCGGGACUUUGUGCCGGCCACGGUUGCCUUCUUUUUGGCCUUCAUGUUUCAGAGGUACGACGACAUUCAGAUAUCCUCUGGGAAUAUUACGGCGCUGAGGAAGGCCAAAUGAAACGAAAUCACUGAUUGAUAUAUUAUUACUCCUAGUAUAUUGUUUGUUGUCGUCUAUGUCUAUGUCUUUGGAUUUGGAUCUGGAUUUGGCUAUAUAUAUAUGUUCCAUGGAUGGAUGGAUGGAUGAUUAUUACCAAAUAAGGAACAUAGUACGUACGUACGUUGAAUGCUUGUUUUGCUUAUUAAUAAAGUUAGAAGAAAUGUUUUAUUUUUA